UCUUGUAAAACCCCGCCCGCAGAUUUGCCUGGCUAUUUUUCAUUUUGCAUUCCUCCUCGUUAGUCAUUUUCUUAUCGCGUUGCGCGAAAGCGUUGUCGAACAAGCGGCAGCACAGCGAGGGGGAAAAGAAAAGGCAAACAUGGUUGCCCCGGGCCAGGAUUCUAGGGAAGAAGUCAUUCAGGCAUGGUACAUGGAUGAUAGUGAUGAGGACCAGAGACUGCCUCAUCACAAGGAUCCUAAGGAAUUUGUAUCAUUGGACCAACUUGCAGAGUUUGGAGUGCUUAGUUGGAGACUAGAUGCUGACAAUUAUGAAACAGAUGAAGAAUUGAAAAAGCUCCGUGAAGAACGUGGAUAUUCUUACAUGGACAUUAUUGAGGUUUGUCCAGAAAAGCUGCCGAAUUAUGAAGAGAAGAUUAAAAACUUCUUUGAAGAACAUCUUCACACCGAUGAGGAGAUCCGCUACUGUUUGGAUGGCAGUGGUUAUUUUGAUGUCAGGGAUCAAAAUGAUAGCUGGAUUCGUGUCUCAGUGAAGAAAGGGGGAAUGAUUGUCUUGCCUGCUGGAAUGUACCACCGUUUUACACUGGAUUCAGACAACUACAUCAAGGCAAUGCGACUUUUUGUGGGUGAUCCAGUCUGGACGCCAUUCAACCGCCCACAUGAUCAUCUACCAGAAAGGAUGGAGUAUCUAAAAGCUUUUGUGCACAAAGAAGCUGGUGAUCAUGCUGUUGAUGCUGCUGCGUGAAAUCUGCUGCUUUUACUAAAAUAAAGUUAAGAGCUGUUAGCUCCAAUAAGAAUACCUGUAUUUGUAUGCAACUAAAAGUAUACCUAUUUUGUAUGGGGUAUGCCUGUCUGGUGCCCUUGUUUAUAAGUACCCUCGUGAACUUGAAAAUAUGUAGUUUCCUAUUCCUGGCAUAAUAUUUGGUGUACUUGGGACUGCGAUGUGCCUGCGUCUAAAGUUACAAUAUAUGUACAUUACUUAAAUUUGAUUAA